ACUUGCCCUAGUGGUAGCCUCCGAAGUUGAUCUGAGAAGACGGAGAAAAGAGGCACUGAGUCGUUUGCCUUCCCUGGUUUAGGUAUUCAGCCAGAGUACACAUUCUGCGCAUUGAUAAUACCAUCCACACCUCAUUUGUAUUUCACUAACGGGUGCCAGAAGUGCGUUUUUGGAUAUUUCAAGCAGACUUUGAUGAGAAACUCACAGGCAACUAUAUAGCGGAGCGUCUGCUUCUUUGAAGUCCUCCCCCUGAACCUCGGAAUUCAAGCUACACCGAGAGACAGUUGUCUGAACAUUCACACUUUUUAAGAAUGGAAAAGCUGUUAAUCAUUUUGUUUUUCGAGGCACACUUCGUCUGCUGGAUUCAUGGAACUAACACAGAAGUGACGUCAUAUGACCCGUACAAUGAGGUGGUGCAUGAGGAAGAGGAGGUGUAUUACACUCCACAGCUGGACUACAACAAUCCCCACUGGUGCCACAGGUUGAGGCUGCCAAAUGGAGACGUGUCCUGCUCGUCCCCUCGCAGCCGCAACCACUACGGCUCUCUGGGCACACGCUGUGAGCUCUCCUGCGACCGCGGACACAAGCUGGUGGGACGCUACUCCGUGCACUGCAUGGACAACCGCCGCUGGUCAGGGACCGGAUACUGUCGCAAGAUCCGCUGCCACGUGUUGCCAGUGAUCCAGUACGGCACGUUCCACUGCUCUGACAGUGUCAUGGUGGACUCCAGGUGUGAAUACUAUUGCAACCCCGGCUACCGGCUGGAGGGAGACCACGCACGCGUCUGCCAGGACGACGGGUCCUGGACUGGUGGUGAUCCCAUAUGCGCAGACCAUGAACCCCCCAAAAUCAGGUGUCCUGAAUCCAAGGUGAAGGUGGCGGAUCCUGGGGAGCUGACAGCUCGGGUCUACUGGAACAGGCCCUACACCACAGACACCUCUGGAAAAACGCUUGAUCUGAUGCGUGUGGGGCCCGUGUCUGGAUCCACUUUUGAAGAAGGGAUCCACAUCAUUCGCUAUCGCGUGUACGAUCAGGCGCGCAACAGGGCUGCCUGCAAGUUCACGGUCCAAGUGGAGGUCAGGAAGUGCCCUGCUCUUAAGCCUCCUCUCCAUGGUUACCUGACGUGCUCGUCGGACAGGAGCAACUACGGUGCCACGUGCGAGUACCACUGCGACAGCGGCUACGAGCUCAGUGGCCUCGCCAUUCGCGUCUGUCGCUCUGACCGCAGCUGGUCCGAUGAGCCCCCCACAUGUCUGUUGAUGCAGAUCAAAACAGAUGUGAAAACUGCGGCUGCCUUGAUGGAUCAGUUUUAUGAAAAGAGGAGACUGCUGAUUGUGUCCACGCCAAAUGUUGCCCACCCCUACUACAAGAUCCAAAAUAUGAUGUUACAGAAAGCCAACUGCGGCCUGGACCUGCGUCAUGUCACUGUGGUGGAACUGCUGGGGGUGGAGCCUCGGCAGGUGGGCCGGAUCAAGGGCCAGUUCCUGGACUCACAGGUCAUCGAUGGCCUCAGGCAAGUGUUCCAGAUCUCCCCGUCCCACUACUCCAUGGUGCUGGUGGAUGCGGAGGGUGUUGACCGCGAGCGCUUCAGGAACCCCGCCAACUCCAUGGAGCUGUACGCCUACAUAGAGGACUACCUGAUGGACGAUGACGAGAGGGAACGCCUGGAGACCACCAGGGACAUGUGCGAAUGAAGUGGGGAGACUGUGGAGACACAGCCCCAGACUAGAGGUGUCAGUCCCUGGGACCAGAAAGUUUAAAACUCCCUGUGACAAAAUAUUCAUCCUGGAGAUUUUUCAUCAAGUUCAACAUCCAUGCCACGUUUGUUUUUUUCAUCCAACUAGCCUUGCAUCAGACGUGAAUAUGAGGUGGUGGGAAAACGAAAUCUCAUGCUACAAAUUCCAACCAGCUCUAAUGAGCACUGAUAGUAAGUCACCUGGUUUGAGUAGAAAACAUGGCCAGGAUUUGACUUUCUGGACCUGGGAUUGACACCUCUGAUCAAGGCUAUGUACGGUACAUGCCCCACCACCCAUGGACCAUAUUCACAUCCUCUUAUGCACAAUGAUGGGAGAUGAGCACUUGGUACCAGAGAGCUACUCUAUAGGAAGAAGAUUUACUCACAUGUGCCUGCCAAGCCAAACAGCAGUAGCUACUCUCUCUUAAAACUGAGACUGGACUGGAC